UCAUUCUGGUUUGCUGCAUUGGAGCGACUGCAAGCUCUCUGGAGGCCAGAAUGUCUCCUCGUGCUCCCUCACUGAAAGUCAGAGCCUCUGUCACAGGGAGCCAUGAGCACAGAGCGUGAGCCAUGCAUACUUGCUUCGCCCACAGUAAAGCAACGUCUGCAGCAAGCCAGCAGAGAAACAACCCAAGAUACAGAUUUCAUUACACAGCGGCUGAAUUUCAGAAUCACCUGAGCACCCAGCAUCUUUCUUCUCCUCUGCACCUGCUGUCAGUAAGGCCACUCUUUAUUAAGGUUUCAAGAUAUAUGGUCUAAAUAUUCGUACAAUUGUGUCCGUUAAGAAAUGAAAAAGUGACUUAAAUGUAAAUGAAUUAUUAACAGAGAUGUCAAUAUUGCACUGUCUUGGUGUUGGGCUUUUUGGCUGUGUGAGUGCUUCUGGAGGAACAAAAAACUGUAUACGAAGAGGUAAAGACUUCAAAAGAAAAAGUUACAGGAUGUACAUCUAUCUCUAUUAGAGAAACUAAAGCCUCUCUGGGAAUGGUGGCAUCUGAGGGGGGUUGAAGGGAUGGAAGGAAGGAUGGUGAUUCCCCAUGAGGUAACUUGAUGUCUGCCGUGCCAUGAAGGGACACGGCACUUAGCUAUUCCUGAGUUGGACUACCAACUCUUUAAAGUAUGCCUGUGAUCCUCCUGCUUUCAUGCCUCUUGUGCUUGGUAAACUUAACGCACGGGAAAGGCUGAUGUGAUGAAGUAUGAGGUGAGAACCAAAUGGACAAAUUUUGUAGCUGGAGCAGGAGCCAUGCUGACUUUUUUAUAUACCAUAAUGUAAUCUGAAACAACUGCAAAACUGACAAAUAACAAAAAUCAAGCUGUUCCAUCCACUCAGACCAAAAUCCUGGCUCAGCAGGAGGCCUGUACACGGUGCCUGGAGACAACAACAAGGGACAAAGCUCUCCCCUGCAGCACAGCCAGGACAGGCUUUGAACUCAGCCUCUGAAACUGCAAAGCGCUCAUUUUGUUGUCCAUGGAUAAUCCACCAGGCAAAAGCUGGACAUUGCUCUCUUUUAUUCUGCCUAUGCAAUUGCAACUCUGAAAAAGAAAGCUCUUCUGAACUGCUGACGCCUGGACGGGCAGCCCCAAGGCGGGGCCAUCGGGAUUUAUUUAGUUCACUGCUGCAGAUGAUGCCUUUAGUGCCACAAACCGCCCUGGAGACAAGUCCUAAUCAUCUGGGGGGUGAUUAUGGUCAAUUCUUUCUCCCCAAACCCCCCAGACACAAAUCAGAUCCAAACUGGAGAGACAGGCAGGCACGGAAGAGGGGACACCGGCACCGCACAGCCCCCCCGAAGCCAUGUACAGGAGCAGCUUCCUCCGCGAGGUUCGCAAGGAGAAGUACGAACGCUCGGACGCCUACGAUGAGCUGCGGGGCUCCCCCGAAUUUGACAGCUUGGCCCAAGCCCAAGGCCUGGAGAACCUGCAGGAACUCAACGAGCGCUUCGCCAGUUACAUCAACAGGGCGCGCGUGCUGGAGCAGCGCAACACCAUCCUGCGCAAGCAGCUGGAGACCUUCCAGCGCAUGGAUGAGCUGGUGGGCUUGGACGAAGCCUUUGCCGGGCAGAUCGAGUUCAACCGCCAACGGAUGCGGGAGCUGGCGUCCGACCGGGCCAAGCUGGAGCGGGAGGAGAAGGAUGCCCAGCGUAUGCUUGAUGAGUACCGCAACAAGUACCGAAAUGAACGUGAAUAUCAGCAGAAGCUAAAAGAGACCCUUGAACGCCUGAAUAAGGAAGCAGAUGAAGCACUGCUGUGCAACCUGGAGCUGCAGAUCGAGUCCCAGUUCCUGCAGGAUGACAUUAAUGCCACAAAAGACAGAUAUAAGAAGAACCUCAUGGAAAUCCAGACCUAUGUCAACAUUUUACAGCAGAUCAUCCAGACAACCCCUCGCGUGUCCCCUAUAACUACUGGCAUAUCUGAGGAAAAACUUGUAGCAGAAAGGAGGAUCCCUGUUCUGCAGAGCCAACUGGAGGAAUACAAGAGCAUCCUCUGCCAGCUACAGGCUCAAAAAUACAAGCUGCAGACAGAGACAACUAUGCUGGAACAAGCGAUAAAAAACACCCAGGAGAGUUAUGACGACGAAAUUCAGCUUUACAACGAGCAGAUUGAGAACCUCAGGAAGGGGAUAGAAGAAGCAGAGAGGACCUUGGAGAAGUACACGACUGACUGCCGCCAGCUGGUGAUCUACCAGCAGUCCUUGGAGAACGAGCUGGAGCGCUACAAGCGAAUCAUUGAGAAUGAGGACAGCCGGUUGAACUCUGCUAUAGCAGGAACGCCAGUCACACUCUUCACGCAGAUCUAUAGACCUGUCCAGCCUCAAGCUUCGAGGGGAAGAGAUAUCACCCAGGCUAUGCAAGAGAUUGCCAGUGUAAAGCCCAGACAAAAAGCGCUGACAAAGAAACUUUCCAGGAAAAAGGAGAUCAUGUCUAAAGACAUAACCGACGGGCACUCGCCUGAAAAAAUGUAUGAAAGAACUGUGGAAGUUUUUGACCAAGAUCAGCUGGAAUUUAGACAUGAAGGUUCAGUCACAUGUGAACCUGGGCAGGAGGAAUUAGAACUUGUUGAAAAAGAAGCAGUCCCAGAGGACGUACCCGAUGGAGCCCAGAUAAGUAAAGCCUUUGAUAAAUUGUGUAACAUUGUGAGGGAGAAAAUCAGAGUUUACAAGAGACCAGAGGCUAAAGCUGAUUCCCACCCCAAAGGGCGUUAUGUGCUGGUAACAGGGGAGGAAAGCUAUGAAGAACCUUGCUUCUCGUCCAUCCCAGCUGGGGGAGGAAUCACAGUUUCUACCAGCAAUGGGAAGGUAACGAUUGGUGGUGAUGUAGAGCCCAUACCUGAGCUGCCUGAACCUACCGAACCAUCAGAAAAAGAGAAAAGGGACAUCUGUGAAAGGAGGGACGAGAUUGAAACCCAAGAUAAACUGAAAGAGGAGGAGAAAGAAGACCUGUUUGAAUGGGGCAAAAUAAGGGGGAAAAUUGAGCAAGUCACAAAGUAUCCAGACGUCUCCGAGCCCGAGGCAGUUCCUUCCCCAGGUCUGAUAAGCCCAGCUGAGCCAGGAGUACUUCAAGAGGCAGAGCAUGACCGAGAGGGCCUCUUGUUCCGGGAAGCAGGCUUGCCUGGCUCCGUGAGCUACGAGAAGGUGGAGGUGGUGGAGUCCAUCGAGAAGUUUUCGGAUGACAGAAUUCAGACAUAUGAAGAGACAGCUAUGAUUGUGGAGACGAUGAUAGAGAAGACGAGCAAGAAGAAACCGGGUGAUAAAGGCUCUUAAAUGACAAGCAGUCAACUUGUCUGGCAUAGUUAUUAAAUGAUGUAAUUUUUUUUUUUCCUGAUCGAAUGAUACAAUAGUGAGAUUUUUGCUGUUUGGUAUGGAACAGAUUGAUACUUUGAUGGCAAAAUUCUGUCUGAUGUAGGCUCGCCUGUGUUGUAACGAAUGUGAGACUGCUCCAGGACAGGGAGUAAUGGGCAGAUCCUAUGCAACUUAUUUUCACAAUAAGGACAAGUUGAAAUCAAUCAUCAUUACAGAGCUGCCUGGCUUUCCAAAGUAUCCAGGGCAGAUUUGCCAGUGCGUAUUCCUCUACUUCUCCUAUAGCUGCCACAGGAUUCCCCAUCUCUCAGACAGCUGCAAAUGUUAACUUGUGACAUCCGAUUCAUUUAAUAAAAGCUUUGCCUUCUACAGAAAGUACCCACUGUGGGUGUGUGUUGCCUUUACUGUUGAAUAACAGGCUGAACUGCUAAAAGUUAACCGAUAGAUGUGCAGGAGUCUUUCCAAAGGAGGAGCUGGAAAUUGAGUUCUCUAACCCAUUCCAAAUCUCUCUCACUUGCUGUCUUUUUAACUAGAGGUGACCUUGGCAGAACACUCUUUGUGGAUAUGGAGACAAACCUGCUGUGCUUGAAAUAAGCUCCUACUGCACAUCUACUCAGAAUAAAAAUUGAAGUUCCACCAAAAUAAAGCAGGGGAAAACCCUUUUAAAAUACUCUAAAGGUGUUAUUUUUUCCUUCACCAGUAUAACUGAGGCAUUUACGAGCGCAAACAAGCUUUUGAGCAGACUGCAGGCAAUUCAAAAGACUCUGUUUGUUUGUUUCAUUUUUUCUUGUUGCUUAUUUCCUUGGAUUGUAGCAUUGUACAGAGUUUGAUGCUGCUGCGUGAUCCCGUUGCAUCCUGCUUGCUUGCAGUGCCACAAAGCUCCAUGGGAACAAGGGCUGCUCGUCCGUGUGCCUGGAGAAGCACAAAGCAGCACUCCUGCAUCAGCUUCUUGCAGCUUCCAGAAAUCCUUGACUCAGGAAAACAAAAAAGAAACAAAAAAAGGAGAAAAGAAAAAGCAAAAGAAACCUUUGUGCAUGUGCUAAUGUAGAGCACUAUCUAAAAUAAGGCCUGAAUUCUGUUGUGCUCUGAGCUGCCAGCCACAACCAUGGCAGCAGACGGUGGGCAGAUCCUCAUCUUUCUCAAAACAUAUAGAGAAAAAAACAGUAGGAAGUUAUUGUUCACAAUGACAAUGAUGCAAUGUGUAGUAAAUCUCACGAUUUGUGGAUUAUCCACUGCUUUAAAUGCAGACUCUCAAACACUAAUGCUGAGGCGUCGCAAUGAAAUAUGUGUGAGCAUUUAUUCAGGAAAGCCUGGGAUAAGACAUAGGGUACUGCAGAUACAUUAUCACCUCAGUGAUAAGAAGAACUAGAUGAGGAGAUUUCCAGCUGUCUUCUACUGCUGCAGGAAUGGUAAGAAAUGACAGCUGGGGUUAUUUUAAAACCACACAUACGCUGCGCUGUGGGGCUGUGUGUGCUUAAAACCUACUCAGAAAACAUGGGUGGGAGGUAGAGGGAAAUAAGAUUUUUUGUGCAUCGAAGUGCUCCAGAGAAAAAUACUGCUGUGGUAGAUCCUAUUAUUUCCUUAGGGCCAGAACUGCCACUAUGUACGAAACAGUGCAAAAAUAUCAAUGUCUUUCUUCUUGAGCAUCCCCUUCCCCACUGAUAGCAGCAGUUCAGCAAUCACAUGUCUGCAGAGCUUCCCUUGGAGCCACUGGGUUUGAGCCAUGUAAGCAAUGCCCAAUGCUCUUUCCAGCCUGCAUCUUUCUCUAUCCCAUCCUGCCACAAAGUUAACACCAAGCCUGCUGCUCUUCUCUUGUUCCUGUCCACUCUUGUAAGAUCGUGUUUGUUUUCUUAGUAACCAGGAUGAGAUAUAAAUUUCCUUAUCAGUAUGAAAAGCAGGAGGUUAGGAAGUCACCUCACAGUGCCUCCCAUGUGCCAUCAGAUAAGCAGUGAUGAUGGGACAUGCCAAUUUGCAACAGCUCUUUAUUUCACUUGGAUUAUAAAACCUCAUUGUGAGGCUUUGGUUAAACAAUAUUCACCUGUUUCAAGAGUGUCAAUUUCCCUCUUAUUAUAAAUGCUAACAAAUUAACUUUAUUUCCCAUCAGCAAUAUCAUGAAAACUUAGUCUAACUUGACAUAUUUUUCAGUGAUUUCCCUGAUGCAAAAAUUCUGAAGAAUCUGAAGUAGGUCUCUGUAUUGCACAUACAGGUAGCUUUAGAUGUACCCAUAGCAAAACUCACCAUUUCUGCUUGUCACUCAUUAUUGUGAUGUUUCACUUAAUACAGUAUGUCAACGCUAGGAAAAUACGAUCAAUCAUAAAAUUUUGCUGCUAAAUAAGUUAUUUAAUGAUUGAACAGAAUUGCAAAAUUACAUGAAUGCAAUGGAAAGGGAUGCACGCAUUAAGAAGAUUUCCACAUGGACUUUUCUUAUUCCACAUUCCAGAAGUCCAUGAAUAUCUUCCAGUUUUAUCUGUUUCUUUGAACACACACACACAUGCAAAAGGUAAUGAGGUGUGUGUAUGAGUUAUACAUACCAUACCAUAUAUAUUCUUUAGGUAUUUAUAAGAAAAUGUAUGUAACAUACUCUGAGUAUACAUAUUGUAUGUAAUAUAAAGAGGUACCACAGGGAUGUUCUGUGCACCUAGACUUACAGGAGUAUGUAUAAAUACAUACAUAUAAAUUCUUCCCUCUGAUACGCAUAUGAUGCUCUUUCUGCUGCCUUCCCUGAACACCUCCUGCUGUCAGUGUGGGCCCUUCAAUUCCAAACAGACACGAACAAACCUGUCCCCAAGCCUUUUGGGUUAUGCCUCACGGUCGUGGUUUGAAGCAGGCCUGUCUCGUCCUUGGCUUAAUUCUUCAAUCUGCAGGUUAAACACAGCUGACACUGUAAUAUAUCUGAACGAAUAACCAAGAGAAACCACACGGGAGAUUGUUCUUGUCCUUCUGACACCUGUGUUAUCCAAAUGUGAUCCUGCAGUCUCUGCAUGUAGUGCAGAACCUCUGAACAGCACAGGGCUGCUUGUCUGGAAUUUACAACGUAAUUCACAUAGACUGUGAGUAGGUUUAGCUCUUUAUUUUGCAUUUGUAUUUGGAAAGGAAAGAACAGGCCUGAUGGAGGGGUAGAAGAUGGAUAUUCACUUGAAGUAACAAGAAAUUAUACAUUCUUAAGUGAAACGUACGCACCAUAUAACCUUCGGGUUACAUUUUUGAUUUAUUAGAUAUUUGCUUACUAUGUUUCUGCCACUGCACACCUGAUUAACUGGGAAAAUUCUUAGUAAAGCAAUUUAGAUGAAUACUCUGUAUAUUAAAAAUACAUCAUAAAACUCUGAAACCAGUCGCUGCUAAAACAGUGGAUCUCAAAGCAGUGGAUCUUGGAUCCUUCAGACAUCUUAAGCACCUGCUUAACAUCAGUGCUUCAGGACGUCUGCUGCUCUUACUGUGAGUGCAGUACAUGCAGAAUCAAGACCCUUUGUUUCUCAAAGGUUCAGUUUGGGCUCUCACACCUGAGUUCCUGUAGUGGUUGUUACCUUGAGUCCACAAAGAGGGGAGCAUGAUGUGGCAACAGCCAGAGCAGACUCCAAGGCAGGUGAGACAGAGUUAUGUGUGAAAGCUGAAGGUGGGACCGACACCAAAAGCAAGAAUUACUGACAAAUCUUCCCAAAUGCACUAUAUUUUAUUUUCCGAAGAAGGCCAACAUCGCAUUACACAUAAAUUAUAUAGGCAUAUUUUUCUCCUUAAAUAUAUUUGUAUAACACAAAAAUAACAAAUCUCUAUUUUUAAAAGUGAAAUUUGAAUUAAAAUGGUUUGGGGACUCAAGCUGCGUUUUUCAUAUAUUUCCCACAGCAAUUUGCUGACAGCCAGGCUGAAAACCCCAGAAAACAGGGGUCUGAGAUUGGAAAUGCUGACAUGGCUGCAUCUUCUGCUGCUGUAGUGUAGAGCGUUAAGUAUAGAGGUGGACAGAUGCACUUUGGCACACACAGGUUGCAAGAAACCCUACAGAUCAUCCGUACUCAUACCACUGUAAGAUGGUAAGCUGAUCUAAAUUGCCAACAUUAAAAACAAAACCAACAAAACCACCCUGAAAUUUGUGCUUCUAGAAUGCCCUGACUGUUUGCAAUGCACUUCCCUUUAUCACCUGGCCCUAGCAUUGCCUUGCCUUCCCAAUCGCAUGCUUGCUGCAGAACCAUUCUGUGGCUGAAGUGCUAGUGUGUAUAUUGUCUACGUGUAUAUACUAAAGAAAACUCUAAAACCAUUUUUUUAAUUUGGACUGUAAAAUUUUCAUCUCUAGAUCAUCUCUCUUUCUAGGGUCUAGUGCUAUUUUGGUUGAACUCAGUGGGGAAAGUCCCACAGAAGCUCAUGAUUCAAAAGGAGCUGUUAGACAUUCAAAGACCUCUCCAGCCAACCUCUUUGUAAGUUCCCUCUCUCACAAUAAUUUUUUAAAAUGCACCCAUUAUCAUCAACAGCCAAUAUUAAAAUUCACUUUUUUUUUUUUUUUUUUUU